AUGGAACUGUUCGAUUAUGUGAAUGAUAAUAGCAGCCAUGAGAUGGUGGUUUCGAUAACGGUUUUCGUCGCGAUUUUGUGUCUUUGUUUAGUGAUUGGUCAUUUACUCGAAGAAAAUCGAUGGGUUAACGAAUCCAUCACCGCCAUUAUCGUUGGUCUCAUAUCAGGGACAGUAAUACUUCUGAUAAGCAAGGGGAAAAGUUCUCACAUACUUAGAUUUAAUGAAGAAGUGUUCUUCAUUUAUCUACUUCCACCGAUAAUAUUUAAUGCAGGAUACCAAGUUAAGAAGAAGCAGUUCUUCCAUAACUUCUUAACUAUUAUGUCGUUUGGAGUUAUUGGUGUUUUCAUAUCAUCAAGUAUUAUCGCAUCGGGCAGCUGGUGGAUAUUUCCCAAGCUUAAUUUCAAUGGAUUGACUAUUCGCGACUACCUUGGUAUUGGAGCAAUAUUUUCGGCAACGGAUACUGUUUGCACAUUGCAGGUUCUUCAUCAAGACGAGACUCCGUUACUUUACAGCCUUGUCUUUGGGGAAGGAGUAGUGAAUGAUGCUACAUCAGUUGUUCUAUUCAAUGCAGUGCAGAAGAUUGAUGUCGCAAGAUUCAAUGGCUGGUCGGCUUUCCAUGUCUUUCUAGAUUUUCUGUACCUGUUCUCCACAAGCACUUGUCUCGGAGUUGUUGCUGGACUUAUAACAUCAUACAUUCUGAAGGGCUUAUAUUUCGGAAGACAUUCUACCGUUCGUGAAAUAUCGCUCAUGCUUCUGAUGGCAUAUCUGUCUUACAUGUUGGCUGAGCUUUGGAGCCUCAGUGGAAUUUUGACCGUCUUCUUUUCCGGAAUCUUGAUGUCUCACUAUGCAUGGCAUAAUGUGACUGAUAGUUCAAGAAUCACUACGAGGCAUGCAUUUGAAGCUAUGUCUUUCAUUGCUGAAACAUUCAUAUUUUUGUACGUGGGGAUGGAUGCGCUGGACAUUGAAAAGUGGAAAAUGAGCCAACAGAGUGUUUGGACUUCAAUGGGAAUAUAUAUUACUGUGCUCAUGUUGAUGGCUAUUGGGCGUGCUGCUUUUGUGUUCCCUCUCUCUGUUCUUUCCAAUUUCAUGAAUCGAAAUGCUACAAGAACGCCGCCAAUAACGUUCAAACAUCAGAUAGUAAUUUGGUGGGCUGGUCUUAUGAGAGGGGCGGUUUCUAUAGCCCUGGCGUUCAAGCAGUUCACUUUCUCUGGUGUCACUAUUGAUCCAGUACAUGCCGUAAUGGUUACGACUACAGUAGUUGUUGUACUCUUCAGUACUCUGGUUUUUGGCUUCUUGACAAAGCCACUCAUUCACCAUCUGCUUCCGCAUAAUGACAGUAGGAGAGGUAUAGACAGAGAAUCAUCUAUUUCAAAAGAGACACUUCCUUUGCUUUCGUUUGAUGAAUCUGCCACAACCAAUCUACUACGCGCGAAGGAUAGCUUGUCCAUGCUGCUUCAAAGACCUGUAUAUACAAUUCAUUCCUACUGGAGGAGGUUCGAUGAUACUUACAUGAGACCGGUAUUUUGUUCACCAACCAUAAACGAGGAGUCUGUAUAG